AUGCCUCCCCACCACCAUUCUUCAUUGGAAGAUCAGUCUUUUGCCUCUGUAGCCGAUCAAUUGGCUCAACUUGUUGCUAUAACUAUCGCCAACAACAACCGCCUCGACGCCAUCGUCGCCAAACUAAGCGAGACUACUGAAAUUCUAACUACCACAUUUAUCAAAAGAACAAAUAUAGGGACUAUCACAUCACAACCGCUGCCAUCAUCGCCGCCAACACCGCCACCGACAUCUCCAUCACAACCGUGGAUGCUAACAACGCCUACAUCUCCACCGUCAACACGGUCGACACCCUCACCUUCACCAAUCCAAUUGAAGAUACAACCGUCUUCGCCACCAUCACCAAAGGAACCGCUCCCACAAACGUCAUUGGCAACUACUUAUUAA